CCACCAUAUAACCCAUCACACACAUCAUACCUAUCUUCUCCACCCUGCUUAAACCCUCAAACCCUCGUCAGAACCCUAAAUCACACCAUGGCUCUUUCAAAACCCACAUUCUUCCACCACCUCAAAACCCUCAUCCGCACCCACCACCCACUCCCCCGAACCCUGCCACCCCUCCGCCACCUCUCCUACGCCACUCCAGAAGACGCCGCCGCCGAACGCCGCCGCCGCAAACGCCGUCUCCGAAUCGAACCUCCACUCAACGCCCUUCGUUCCCCCACCCAACCCCGCCCCACCCCAACCGCUAACACUAACCCUAACGCCCCUAAACUCCCGGAACACGUCUCACUCCUCACCGGUAACCGUCUCAACCUCCACAACAGAAUCCUCAAACUAAUCCGUGAAAAUGAUCUACAAGAAGCUGUUUUGUUAACUCGCCACUCGGUUUAUUCCAACUGUAAGCCCACUAUUUUUACUUGUAAUGCGGUUAUGACCGCGUGUUAUCGUCAGUCGAAAUACGCCGAAUUGCUUAAUCUCCAUAGGUUUAUCACACAGGCGGCGAUCGCCGCUAAUGUUGUCACGUAUAAUUUGAUUAUUAGUACUUAUAUGGACUGUCGGAAAAUCGAUACUGCUAUGGAGCAGUAUAAACAGUUGGUUGAUAGCGCUCCAUUUGAUCCGAACACAACGACGUAUCGGAUUAUUGUCAAAGGGCUUGUUGAUGAUGGUAAGGUAGACAGGGCUUUAGAGAUUAAAGAUGAGAUGAUUUCGAAAGGGUUCGAAGCGGACCCGGUCGUUUAUAGUUAUUUGAUGUCGGGGUACGCGAAGAACGGGGAUCACGAAGGGAUUUUUGGUUUGUAUGAUGAAUUGAAGGAGAAAUUAGGCGGGUUUGUGUCGAACGGGGUUGUGUAUGGAAGUGUGAUGAAAGGGUUUUUUUUGAAGGGGAUGGAGAAGGAAGCGAUGGAGUGUUGUGAGGAAGCGUUGGGGGGUUCGAAGAUUAAGAUGAGUGCGGUUGCGUAUAAUUCGGUCUUGGAUGCGUUGUGUAAAAAUGGGAAGUUUGAUGUUGCGCUGAAGGUGUUCGAUGAAAUGCUUGAGAAGCAUAAUCCGCCGAAACUGUUGACGGUUAAUCUGGGAAGUUAUAAUGUGAUGGUGGAUGGGUAUUGUGCGGAAAAGAGGUUUAACGACGCGAUUAACGUGUUUGAAAGCAUGGGGGAGAAACGGUGUUAUCCAGAUACGCUUUCGUAUAAUAAUCUGAUUGAACAGUUGUGCAAGAAUGGUUUGUUGGGUAAAGCGGAAGGAUUGUAUAACAGUAUGAGUGAGAAAGGGGUGAGUCUGGAUGAGUACACUUUCGUUGUGUUGAUGGAUACUUGUUUUAAAGAAAACCGUCACGAUGACGCUGCUGCGUAUUUCAAGACGAUGGUGGAGUCGAAACUGAGGCCGAAUUUGGGCGUUUAUAACCGGCUGAUCGACGAGUUGGUGAAAGUCGGGAAAGUUGAUGAAGCGAAGUCGUUUUUCGAUAUGAUGGUGCCGAAGCUGAGGAUGGAUGAUGAUAGUUACAAGUUUAUAAUGAAAGCGUUGUUCGAUGUCAAGAAGCACGAUGAAGUUCUUGAAAUUAUCGGGAAAAUGUUGAGGGAGGAUCCAUUGGAUUUCUCGGAUGAGUUGCAGGAGUUUGUGAGGGAGGAGCUGCGGAAGGAAGAGAGAGAAGAUGAUCUGGUGAAUUUAAUGGCGGAUAUCGAACGAGAGAAAGCGGAAGCGGCUGCUAAAGAAGCUGAAGAAGCGGAGAGAGCGAAGGCUAGUGCACGAGCUGCUGUUUCGUCAUUGUUGCCGUCGAAGUUGUUCGGUGAUAAGGGUGAUGCGGAGGAUGAGGACGAGUCUGGUGGCAGGGUUGUGGCGGAAAUGGGUGACGGUGAGGGUGAGGGUGAGGUGAAGGUGCAAGAGAAUGGUGCAGCCGGUGAGCAGGUAACGGCAUAAACAUGUUUAUGUUGUUUUUAUACAUUUAGGGACUUAAAAAGUAAUGAAUUGGUGACUUGUUUCUUUCGUUCCAUAUGAUGUUAUAAGAUAAAAGCAUGAGUAUGAUGAUUUGUUCA